ACUUUGUGAUGAUGGAAUCCCGCGAGGACUCGGUCACAAGUCGCCGCGCCGACAAGUCCAUGACUAGCGUCAGCCCCCCAGUCUCUCCUCGCCCCACCGCUCCCGGCUCCCCCUCUAUGCUGACAGCUACCCAGACGACGCUGCUGCCACCCAAACCUGCGCUUCGUCCUCACGCGCGGGCGUCCGUUCCAAACGUCCACACCAAUUAUGCGGCGUCCUCUGAUGUCCCUAGUACCGUGAAGCUUCUGAGCGAACUAGAACGGUCCUGGGCCAUGUUUGCUGCCUCCUGGAGGGUGGUGGACCUGUUCGCAGGUCUCCAGAUCUGGCAGGAGCAGCCCAAGGACUCUGAGAACGGUCCUGAGCCACUUAAUAACGUGCUGCUAUCCACUGCGUCCGCUGGUUUGGUGACAUUUCUAGCCGGACACAUCGGCGGCGGCGGGUUCGUUGUGUCACUACUGCUCACGGUACUGGUAGUGACUGCAGCGCUGUGGACGCUGUCCAAUGCUCGAGCCAAGACUGCAGUACCGUGCUUCAAGACGCUGCAGGUGGUGGACGGGUCGCCGUCCGAGAUCUUUAUGUACCUGAUGGGCAUCAAGAAUUAUCCGGUCUGGGACGCAUCAGUGGAGACAGCGGAGGUGGUGCACACUAUUGACGAUCACUCGGAUAUUAUCCACAUCGUCUACAGACCCGUGUGGAUGUGGCCGUUAUGGCUGGCACCGAGGGAUUUAUGCUUGUUGAGGUAUUGGCGUCGCGCGGAAGACGGAUCUUAUGUCAUUUGUAUGCAGAGUGCACUACAUCCCGAGUGUCCACCAAUGCAUGGACUAGUGCGUGCAACAUGCAAGGGUGGAGGUUUUAUCAUUUCACCCAGUGUCACUCAAGGAGAUGAAUUAACCUCCAUGGUCACCAAUGUGGUGCAUCUGGACCCUCAAGGAUGGGAAGGCCAAUUGCUACAACGUUUAAACAUCAUGCACUUGUACGUGCGACCUCAAGUACUAGCGUUAACAGGACUUCGGGACGUGAUGGAAGCACGUAAAUACGUCUGUCCGAAUGUCCCGGAAGAAUUCUCAGCGGCACUAGCAGCAUCAACGGAAGAGCAGGCGAAUACUGCAGUACAGGAAGAAACUGCUGCUACGGAUACCGAAGCUCCGGUUUCUCAACUGGAGGAGUUCCCGAGUAAUGUACCGCGUUCUAUGUGGGCAGAACCGGACGGCGCUGCGAUGAUGGUACGCGGUCCUGACUACUUAACCGACCGACGGAAGAUCCCGUCGCAGUCUCCGUUCUUCCGUCUGGUUGGAAUGGACCUGUUCGAGUCAUCGGAGGCCGUGGAACACAUCGCCUCGCGUCCAGAUAACUCGGUUCAACGCGAGUUGAGACGCCAUGAAGAGCAAGGGACGGAGAUGCCAUUUACCUUCGUCAUUAACUUUGUGGUGCCGGGUAAUCCUCGCAUUAACCUCGUGCUGUACUACCAAGUUCCUCACCCUUCGGUAUUAACCGAUGGCUCGCCGUCUUCUGAGCUCAUGGCCGACUUCUUGGAAGGCUCCGAUGAGUUCCGUAACGAGCGCUUCAAGCUUAUUCCCUGCAUUGUAGAGGGAAGCUUCAUCGUGCGUCAAGCUGUGGGUUCUACCCCCGCUCUGAUCGGCAAGAAACUACGUCAACCAUACUUUAAAGGGAAGCAAUACUUCGAGCUGGACGUCGACAUUGGCUCUUCAGCAGUAGCCAACCGUGUGGUCGGUCUCGUAUCAGGUUACACCAAGAAGCUGGUGAUCGACAUGGGCUUCGUACUGGAAGGCCAGAACUCGGAGGAGCUCCCUGAAAGACUCUUCGGUACUUGUCGUCUGGUUCAUAUCGACCUGGGUGUCGCCAAGAAGCUCACAUGAAGAACUUAUACAUGUUGAAGCAGUUAUAGAAACAGAAGGAGGGUUAACCCUCUUUGCCCCGUUAGAAACGGUAUCGUAAUGCAUGUUGAACCCAUUUAGAAAAAAAAGUUCUGUCUUGCCUUGAC